UUGUGGUUCACGUUUUUUAUGCAGUUUUAGUAAAGUACACAGAGUGUCGCUAUCUACCAGCAAGUGAUGUUUCACGUUUCUCUCCACCCACUUAUGGGCGCAGACUUUUUGUAGACUAUACGUCGUGAUUAGAACAUUGGUGUUUUUGUCAUUUCAACGUCGAGGUAGUGUGUAUAUUUUUGCACAAAUAAACCUGGAUAAGAGCGUAACAUGCAGGAAUUGUCUACAUCUUUCUGGAGAAUGGAAUACCUUGGUCUCUCUGUCUCUGCACCGAUGUUUUGGCUGGCUUUGUUUCCUCUGCUCUUGCGUAGCAGCUAUGGAGAUGUGACCUAUUCUAUUCCUGAGGAGAUGAAACGCGGGUCUGUAAUAGGACAUAUAGCCAAGGAUCUGGGACUCGAUGCCAAAGGACUGUUGUCUCGGAAAGCUCGCUUGGAUGUUGAUGGUGAUAACAAACGGUAUUGUGAUAUUAAUCUGAACACUGGAGAAUUGAUCGUCGCUGAAAUAAUAGACAGAGAGAAGCUUUGCGGCAGGAGGCUUUCCUGCUCUUUGAAAUACGAAUUUAUCUUGGAGAACCCAUUAGAGUCACAUAAUAUAGUUUUGCAAAUACACGAUGUCAAUGAUAAUGCUCCACAAUUUGGGGAAGACGUGAAAUUUGAGAUCAGAGAGUCAGCAGUCAAAGGCGCUCGCUUUCCUCUAAAUCAAGCACAUGACGCAGACAUAGGCCUAAAUGCUGUUCAGAGCUACACAUUACAGAGGAAUGAACACUUUAGUUUAGCUGUUAACACUAAUGCUGGAAGUGGAAAACAGAGUGAACUGGUUCUGGAGAAAGAAUUAGAUCGUGAGGUAGAGCAGGAGGUGACGUUACUAUUAACAGCUGUUGACGGAGGGACUCCGCAGAGAUCCGGUACUGCAGUUAUACACGUCACCGUGCUUGAUGCUAACGAUAAUAAACCUAUAUUUAGUGAGAACGUCUACAAGGUUAAUCUACCUGAAAACUCCCCUAUCGGUUCUGUUGUAAUUACUGUGUCUGCUGCAGACGCAGAUGAGGGGGCAAACGGCGAAGUGACGUACGGAUUUGGUCCCAUUGCAGACGAUAUAAAGACAUUAUUUUUUCUUCAUCCAAAAACAGGUGAAAUAAGCAUAGUUGGAGAGAUCGAUUUCGAAAAGGAGUCAAUUUAUGAAUUUAUUAUCCAAGCCAAAGAUAACUCAGGACUGAGUUCCAUUUCAAACGUCAGGGUUGAAAUAACAGAUAUAAAUGAUAACACCCCCGUCAUCUCUCUUAAAUCUCUGACCAACCCCAUUCCUGAGAAUGUGUUACCAGGCACAGAGGUGGGCAUCAUUAAUGUACAGGAUAAAGACUCUGGUGUCAAUAAACAGGUCCGCUGCUCCAUCCAGCAGAAUGUUCCUUUCAAACUGAACCCCUCCAUUAAAAACUACUAUUCCUUAGUAACUACCAGUGAAUUAGACCGUGAGCUGAUAUCAGAUUAUAACAUAACUAUCACUGCUACUGACGAGGGGUCUCCACCUUUAUCCUCCUCAAAGACUAUUCAUUUAUCUGUCUCUGACGUCAAUGACAACCCUCCUGUGUUUGAAGAGCAAUCCUACAGCGCCUAUGUGAGUGAAAAUAACAAGCCUGGCUCCUCCAUAUGUUCUGUUACUGCCAGAGACCCAGACUGGAGACAGAACGGCACAGUGGUCUAUUCUCUAGUGCCCAGUCAGGUCAACGGUGUCCCUGUGUCUUCAUAUGUAUCUAUUAACGGAGACACGGGGGUGAUCCAUGCCGUGAGAGCAUUUGAUUAUGAACAGUUUAGGAGCUUCAAGGUCCAGGUUGUAGCCAGAGACAACGGUUCUCCUCCACUCAGCAGUAACGUGACUGUGAGCGUCUUCGUAGCAGAUGAGAAUGACAACUCUCCCCAGAUAUUAUACCCUGCUCCAGCAGGGAACUCCUUGAUGACUGAGAUGGUCCCCAAAGCUGCUCUGGCAGGGUCCCUGGUUUCCAAGGUGAUAGCUGUGGAUGCUGACUCUGGCCAGAACGCCUGGCUUUCCUAUCAGAUUGUGAAAUCCACCGAUCCGGGACUUUUCACUAUCGGUCUCCACAGUGGAGAGAUCAGGGCCCAGAGGGACAUUUCUGAUUCUGACGGUAUGAAGCAGAACCUUGUGAUAUCUGUGAAAGAUAACGGACAUCCCUUUAUGUCAACAACCUGUGCUGUUUACCUACUGAUAUCAGAUAACCUGGCUGAGGUUCCAGAGCUGAAAGACAUGUCUUACGAGGGGAAGGAUUCUAAACUCACUUCCUACUUGAUCAUCGCUCUGGUGUCCGUCUCCACCUUUUUCCUGACUUUCAUCAUUCUCAUCCUGGCCGUGAGGUUUUGCCGCAGGAGGAAACCUAGACUGUUGUUUGAUGGAGCUGUGGCCAUUCCCAGCGCGUAUUUCCCUCCUAACUAUGCAGAGGUGGAUGGAACAGGAACGCUGCGGAGUUCUUACAAUUAUGACGCUUACCUGACAACGGGCUCACGCACCAGUGACUUCAAGUUUGUCAGAUCUUACAAUGACAACACGCUGCCAGCUGAAAUGACACUAAAAAAGAGUCCAGAUCACUUUCUGGAAGGAAGUAUCACCACACUGAACACAGCAGGAGAAUCUAACGAGCAAAAACCACCCAAUGACUGGAGAAUUACCCAGAAUCAGAGACCUGGACCUAGUGGCACGUACAGGUACCACACCACUACCCAGCAGAGGUGGACUCCGUACGGGAAGGCGAGAGCUGGGGCUCGUCCGGAGGAGGGAGGUGCUGUCGCUGGUACCGGACCCUGGCCCAACCCCCCCACCGAGGCAGAACAGCUCCAGGCUCUGAUGGCUGCAGCCAACGAAGUGAGUGAGGCGACCGCCACCCUCGGCCCGCGCUACAACGCCCAGUUCCCCAUGCAGCACGUGCCUGACUACCGCCAGAACGUCUACAUCCCCGGCAGCACCGCCACCCUGACGGCCAACCCCCAGCAGGCCCCCCAGCAGGCCCCCCAGCAGGCCCUCCAGCAGGCCCUGCCCCCCGCCCAGGCCAUGCCGCAGGUCGACGCCCCCAAGGCCGCCCAGACGCCCGGCACCAAAAAGAAGUCCUCCAAGAAGGAGAAGAAGUAAGGCCCUGCGAGGAGGGCACCCCCCCCACCCACCCAGCCACCCACCGCCACGCCCGUCACCAUGGAAACCGCAAGAACGCAACCAACCCCCCCCCCCACCACUCCCUCAGUCUAGCCGUCUACUUCCUGUCGCGGGAUACAAGUCCUUUUGAUCUCAUUCCUCCAUUUCCGUCUGGUGUCCCCUGUGUGUGGGCAGGGGUGUGCAUGAGUCACGUCACGUACGUGCAAUGACUUCACUUCCUGCUUCAUGAUCUUUACAGCUAGUGUCAGCGUGUGGGGAGGCUUGAGGAGUUGUACAGUAAAUGUGUUUUGGAUCCAAAAUGUAUUUCAGGAGUAUGGAGUUUUUACAGGGACCUUGCUCUGUAAUAUAGUGUUAAAUGAAAAAAAAAAAGAAAAAAAUCAACAACAAAAAUUGAUAACUGAUUUUUGGAUUGAAAUGUUUGAUGCUUCUUCGACGUGCUUGGUAGUUGCUUCUCAUGGUGACUCUGAUUCCACUUUAUUUGCCUACUUGCUUUAGAGAUCUUGCUUUAGCUCUUUAAGGACUGAAAUAGACAAUGUUGCAUGACCCUUCCUAACGAUUUAAGAUCCUGUGAGGAUGAGCUUCACACACGCACACAUUUGUAUUAAGAGGCUAGCUCCAACUAAUCACAAUGUUAUGGCAGAAUGCGUAUAGUAGCAUUACUAUUUAAAUGCCUGUAAGACUUCUUUUAGCUGUCUGAGUAGUAAGCAUAAGAACAGUUCUAAUGACUGACGACUGAUGAAUAACUUUGCUUCGCGGUGGCCCUCUAAGUAUUUCAGCUGCCUAUGAAGGCUUGAGUGGUUAUUUUCACCCUGUAGGCCACAAUGUCAUCUCUGGCCAUCUCUUCCACUGGUAUUCAAAGCCACAACUCAAUCUCCAAACUCUGUCUUGAUUAACAUAAACAUUGUGUAAAAACAGACCAGAGUUUUUUUUUUUUCCUAUACCAGCAUCGUUUGGAUCUUGUAUCUGCAUCGUAGCAAUGAGUCAGUGUUGUGGAAAGAUGGGCCAGUGUGAUUGGCCGAGCACUGUGUUCUCAGGCUCGCCAGGGCUCCCAGGAUGAGCCCUGUCACGCCCAGAGGUGUGGAUGUGUCCUGGGGCCAUGGGGAGAGGGAGGCUGGUUAGUCCCUCUGGAGCCUAAUAUCUGCUCCUCUUCCAUCACCUGGAAACUAGCGUCAACACAGCAGGUCCUCAUGUCCUCUAACCCCCCCUACACUACCCCCACACAUUAAUUAAGGAUCCAGGCCGUGUUUGAUAUCUUACUCACUGGACGCUUUCCAGGAGUUUGUAAGGUUCUGAUUGUGGUGUUUAGAAACUAUGUCAGGACCAUGGACAGAGACUAGUUUCUCCCGUCAACCUCUCCUCUCUCUCUGCCUCGCCUGUUCUGGAACUUAGAGAAUGUUCUGGAACUUAGAGAAUGUUCCCAGUCCAUCCUUUAUCAUGCUGGCGCUACGCGUGCUAGCAAGCAACCCCAAUGUAAAUAUGACACGUUACAAGUCUGUAGAGAUCCAGGUGAGCUCUCUCUCUCUCUAGCCAAAAACAUGGCUGUUACCGGAAUGUUUGGACUAUUUUUCUGAUAUAAAAAAAGUUAAAGAAAGGAAAAAAAAAAAUGAAUACAAAAAACGUCUUCAGAUAAA